GGGUGAUUGGAACGUGUUUAGAAGUUAAUUGUAACGUUAUAAAAUUUAUUUAAUAAUUGCCUAAGUAUUAAAAUUUGUAGUCAAACAAAAUCUGUGCUAAACCCCUAAACACAAUGAGGAAAAAAGGUAGUCGCAGUAGAAAAAGUAAAGUAAAGAGUGUUACUCCGGUAUUGGAGGAACCGACCGCGCUAAAAAAUGCUCCUCAUACUUUUGUAAUCCAUCGAGGAGACAAAUGUUCGUCUGUUACCGCAUUGUCAAGGGAUUUCCGUCACAUUAUGGAACCUUUCACAGCUACGUCGCUACGUGAGCGGCGAGUUAACAAAAUAAAGGAUUUCGUUCAUUUGUCUGGAUUUUUUCAUGUAUCCCACAUGUGUAUCUUCUCAUUAACACCGCAAACUUUAUCGUUUAAAGUUAUACGGAUGCCGAAGGGACCAACCCUAACUUUCAAGGUCACCCAAUAUACUUUGGCCAAGGAUGUUAUCAGUCUCUCUAAAAAGCAGUUUGUAGAUGCAGAGAGUUUUCAAACAGCACCUUUGGUUAUUCUAAACAGUUUUAGUGGAGAAGGGAACCAUCUUAAGCUAAUGGCAUCUACGUUUCAAAAUAUGUUUCCUCCGAUCAAUCUAUCCACUGUUAAAUUAGCUUCGCUUAAGCGCUGUGUUCUGCUAUCAUAUAAUCCUGUCUCAAAACUGAUUGAUCUUCGCCAUUAUGCAGUCACUGUAGUUCCUGUUAACCUCAACAAAGGCGUUAAGAAAGUGGUUACUCGUAACAUACCAAACAUGGCCAAAUUCGAAGACAUCGCUGACUUUGUUGAGAAAGGUUAUUUGCUGUCUGAUUCGGAAUUCGAUGAUAAUGAGACGCAUGUUGUUUUACCACAAAAUUUGCGCCGCGGUAAUUUAGCAGAUAAUAAAUCCUCCUUGAGACUUCAGGAAAUUGGCCCUCGCUUAACAAUGCGACUCAUGAAAAUCGAAGAAGAUUUGUUAACCGGAGAAGUACUAUACCAUGAUUAUAUCGAGAAAAGCGCGGUUGAGGUAGAGGAGGUACGUAAAAAACGAGCAAUGAAAAAACGCCUUAAGGAACAACGUAAAUUACAACAAGAGAAAAAUAAGAAAAAGAAAGAAGCGGAAAAGAUCGAACAUAAGGCAAAGACAUCGGGUGGAAAGCUUACUGAUCAUGAUCGACAAUUGCUCAAAGAUGCUGAAGAAGCUAUUGGUAACGAAUCAGAAGAAGAUGAUAGCCGGUACUAUCAAGAGGCAGUCGGAGAAGCUCCUGACAAAGAACUUUUUGAAGGACAAAGCGGUACUCGAAAAAGGCCAUUUAUUCCAAAGGCCUGCCAAUUUUCAUUAAAACCAAAAAAACCACGGAUGGACAAAGGGAAUAAAUAUAACGAAGACGAAUCAGAACAGCAUUAUCGAAGUGGUCAUCCAAAAGAUAGAAAACAAAAGGUUAACAAAGCGAAGAAACCUGGUAAACAUUUGCUGAAACAUUACAAAGAAAAGUUUAACUAUACUGGACGGAAAAAGGAGAAAACUGGUGCUGUAAAAUCUAAAUUUAAAACAGGUAAAAGGAAAGCAUAAGCUUUAAUUGAUAUAUUUGGUAAAAUAUAUAGACAUAAAUUCAUUUAUGAUAAAUAUCACUGUUGAACGAAAAUUGGAUUAUUUUUCUCAAUAAAAUGAC